AUGACUACGUGCAAGAAGGUGAGGACGCUAGCGAGAAGAUCAUCCAGCCAUAGGUUUGAUUCAUGGGCAGAAGUGAGGAGGCGCGCGUUGUGGCCUACAGACAGAGUUGGGAUAGAGGAAUCUGCCAUGCGACCAAAGGGAAAACCCGGCAAGGUGAGGCACCGACUGCGGAUCACAACACACACAUGGGGGCGUGGAUUCUCGGUGCGACGCCAUAGGAUAACAACGACAGUUGAGAUCGACCGAGCGAGAGGAUAG